CUAAAAUCCUCGCUCGUUAAUCGUUAUCCAGACUCCGCGACGGCGAGCCGGCAAGGCGAGCACCGCAGUUGACGACGCCUCUCCACUCCGCUCCCCUCCCCUCCCCUCCCCUCGUCUCGCUACCGCCGCAAUGGCGGCCACCGCCGCCUACCUCCCGCUCCGUGCCCAGGCGCAGGUGGGCCUGGCUCCGCUCCGGCCGUCGGGCUCGGCCGCUGCUGGGGCGCGGUUGCCCGGCCGGACGGCGCGGCGCCGGCUUGCGGCGAGAGGCGGGCCGGAGGCUGCCGGUAUCCGCGCGGAGGCUGUCCCUGGUGGUGGAGGGGUCGCGCGGAGGGCGGCCAUGGUGCCCCCGUAUAAUGUUCUAAUCACCGGUUCCACGAAAGGUAUAGGAUAUGCUCUGGCAAAGGAAUUUUUGAAGGCUGGCGAUAAUGUUGUAAUCUGCUCAAGAUCAGCUGAAAGGGUAGAAUCUGCGGUGACUGACUUGAAAAAGGAAUUUGGAGAGCAACAUGUGUGGGGAAUUGUCUGUGAUGUUAGGGAAGGAAAGGAUGUAAAGGCACUAGUUGAUUUUGCACGUGACAAGAUGAAGUAUAUUGAUAUUUGGAUCAACAAUGCUGGAUCAAAUGCAUAUAGUUACAAACCGUUGGUCGAGACCUCCGACGAGGCUCUCAUGGAAGUGAUCACAACUAACACUCUUGGAUUAAUGAUAUGUUGUCGUGAGGCAAUAAAUAUGAUGAGAAACCAACCUCGAGGUGGCCACAUAUUUAACAUCGAUGGUGCUGGUUCUGAUGGAAGGCCAACCCCAAGGUUUGCUGCAUAUGGUGCAACGAAGAGAAGUGUGGUGCACCUUACAAAAUCUCUGCAGGCCGAGUUGCAGAUGAAUGAAGUGAACAAUGUUAUGGUGCACAAUUUGUCGCCUGGCAUGGUUACAACAGAUCUUCUUAUGUCUGGUGCCACAACAAAGCAGGCCAAAUUUUUCAUCAAUAUAUUAGCUGAACCUGCUAAUGUGGUUCAUGUAACACGGGAUAUAUCUAUGAGUGAUCCAAUUUACCUGCCUUACAUGUUAUUGAUGGUUGCGGAUUAUCUCGUUCCAAACAUCAGAGCAAUACCUACUAACCAGUCCAUGAAACCAACCUACAUCCGUUUUCUCACAGGCUUGAAAGCCUACUCCAGAAUAUUUUCAAGGAUUGCUUUUGGUGCUCGUAGGAACAAGUAUGUUGCUGAGGAUUAGUGUCCGUUUUGCUGCCAUCUUACAACCCUGAAGAGAACUAGGGACAUUUUCUUGUUCUCUCUUGUAAUUACAUUCUUUGUAAAAUAGCAUGUAUUACCGAUGGCAUUUCAAGAAGGUGAUGUACUCCUAUGUAUAAUAUCAGCAAUUUGAUUAUACACUAAUUCAGUUGCUGCUCAUGUGAUGCACUUCUUAUCAUCCUUGUGAUCUCUACUGUUCUACAAAAUUUCCAACCAUACCUAGAAUACAAGUUUGACAAGAGUUGCAUUUAUGUAUGUUUCAUCUUCCAUGUAAAGAGCACCUCAUGAUACAUCUGUGCAAAUACAUGUAUGAUUGAACUAAUUUUCGAUAGUA